UAAUUACAUGGACUGGCUUGACUGGAAUUCAGUUUGAACUAAUAACAGCCGAUCGGAGACGCUUUUUCCCAUACAAAACAGUGCUUUCAUGAUGUCUAGUGCUAAGUAUUGGCUGUUGAUAUUUUGGAUUGCACAUCACGUUUCGUUGUCGAUGGAAUCAGACUGUAUUAAAAGCCUUAACUACCAGUUCACAUUAAAGGGCAAAUCGUUCGUCAAUCACACCUUUAAAAUCGCACCUUGCAAACAAGAGAUCGAAUGCCCACUCUACUGCCACCAGACUGGUCGGUGCGUCUCCUACAGCUUCGACGAACAACUGCUUGUUUGCAAUCUUAGUGAUUCUGAUCAUACAAUGCACCCAGAGGACCUGGUGAACACACCUCAUGCUAUCUACAGGAGCAUAAAGCAUAACUGCAACUGUACCAGUAAUAGCAAAAGAUGCAAGCUUAGAGAUAUCACUGGCAAACACAAAUGUGAUUGCAAAUUUGGCUUCGUUGGACAAUAUUGCCAAAAAAAAGCUGAUAUCUUCCAAUCUUGUAAAGAUGCUUUAAGCAGAACCAGGUCGGCCAAAAAUGGUAUGUAUUAUAUUCAAACCAACACAACCGUGACUAAAGUGUACUGUUACAUGGAGAAUAUCACYGGGUGUGGUGGAGGGGGAUGGACUACUAUCAUGAAGACCGAUGGGAAUAAGGCAACGUUUAGAUAUGAUUCCAACUUCUGGACCAAUAAAAGCUCUUAUGUAAUUGUUCAUGGCCAGUCARACUAUGAUGGUGCAAAGGAGACAAAACUUCCAACCUAUUGGACCAUGCCAUUACAAAGUCUUUGUCUUGGAAUGAAGACCAAACUACAUAGCAAGCCUAAAUGGAUUCUUUUGCAAAACAUUUUAAGGUCAAGUACGCUGUAUUCUAUGAUCGCAGACGAUAAAUACAGGAAGUUUGCUGUUGGUCGCAGUCAGUGGAAAUCCCUGCUUUCUGGCUCCUCUUUGCAGUAUGGUUGCAAUCAAGAAGGCUUUAAUUCCAUUACUGAUUCGGAUAAGUUUGCAAAAGUACGGAUUGGAAUAAUUGCGAACGAUAAUAAGCAUUGCACUAUGACAGACUCUCUAAUAGGAUUUGGCGCCCAUGGGAAUGACUGUAAUGUGACAACGGGAAACUGUGGCUGGAUCAAUGCUGACAACGGGGAUAAGAAAAUCGCAGCCUAUGGUAUUAUCUUGGGUCGCUGAUGUCCAUACAAAUAUAUAAAAGAUCUGUUAAUUCAUAGUUCCGACAAAUCAAACUCGUUAUCCGCGCGCGCUGGAUUGGCCAAUCAAAAUACAGGACGCGUAAUGGCAGCCAUGUUGUCCCACAAAAAAUGUCAAGAAGUCGGUGCGGAGGGCGAAGUUGAGAUGGUUUUGAGAUGUUGCUGGGGCACUUGUAAAGCAGAUGAGCGCUAGCCAGCCAGAUGAAAUGGAGGACGAUUUAUUUUGAUUCCCAAGACAAAAACUAGCCUUAGAAAAAUGCUUGAGUUGGGUCAAAAUGUACGGAAAAAGCACGAAGUGCUGAAAGAAAAACUCAUGAAAAAUAAUUAAAUCAUUUCUCUAGGUCUUUUUCAAAUUGACUUAAGAUUGUUUUUAACAAAUGAAACAGAAGAUUUAUUUAAAUUCUAUCGAAAAAUCGUCCGAAGAAUGUCAUUUACAAAAAAUCAUCGAAAGCAUUUGUGGGAGUGGGGCAAGCGCGAGCGUUCGCUUCCCGCGCUUUCUUCUGAUUGGAUAAUCGCACGCUCGCGCUUGAUUUGUCGGAUCUAUGAAAUUUCAAAUAGUGAAGUAUUAGAAAUCCCGAAUUUAAUUAAUUAGACUAAAUAAAAUUCAAGUUUGUUAGAUAUAUAUAGAUAGUUUGUUUAGUAUGACCUUUAAAAGAAAUAAAAGGGCAAAACAUGGU